AUGCCGGACAUGUCGUGCACAGGGCAGAGACUGCUUGGUGAGAAUGAAGUGGUCGCAAGGGAGAAUCAGGACUCGGAACAGAAGGUCACGACUACAUCGAAAGAUCGCAGCGACGAAAUCAUGGAGGAUGAGUUCAACAUCAAUUCUACCGUCGGCUUGGUAUCUGCAUUACUCCUGUCUUGCUUGGCUUCCAACUUGGCUGAUUCCCGCGAUCUCAAAGACCUCACCGAGUACUGCGAAUCCAUUUGCUGGCUCAGACAUUUCGAGCUUUACCAGCUCGUCACCUUCUUCAGCAUGACAAGCAAUGUCUUGGCGAUCAUGACAGCAAUUGCGCGCCUGAUUGCGUUUCACCACAUAUUGAAAAAAGAUGCCACGAGCUUCGACGCGAGGCUCAAAAAGGAUGGGCUUAAAUUUUGGAACCACACACCCAUCUUGGCAAUGACUUUGGGAGUGAUCUCCUACAUUGCAAGCAUGAUCGUCCAAGCAUCGUUUGUAAUGGGUGAUCGGGCAAUUUUGGCAGGUGUUGGCAUGGCUGUGUUUGCUCUAUUCGGCUUAUGGCUGCCCCAUGAGAUCUUGAUACAGAAAAAUCGACGCCAGCUUCCUUCCGAUGGAGACUAG